UCCUCUAAUGGGAGGGAAUUGUUAGGUCUUGAUGAGAACGAAGAUUACUUAGCAAUGACUGCCACAAUAAUUCCAGUUCUGGCUGCUAUGUACUUGGGCAGCACAUUCAAUCUCAUCAAAUAUCAGAAAGGCAACGUAGAUGUUUACAGUGAAAGUACAUUACAAGGAAACAUUCAAUCUAUUAACAGAAGUUUCACCCGAUCCCAAUACAAAUUAGUUGAAACAUCAAAUGAAGCAAGAGAGUUUUUAGAUGUAAGUGGGGCCCUUUCUUUGCGCAUAAAAAAGGGAGAAAUCAAGCUCGAAGUUCCUGGUACUUAUCUUGCAGAAACAGCAAACAGACAGAAAUUUGUUGAACUUCUCAUCCGAGUUCAGCAUGAGACGGUAACAGAAACAAUUCCUUCUCAUUUAAAGCCAAAUACUGGUUGGAUGGACAAAGCACCAGACAAAGUGGGCACGCAUUUCGUUAGAAGCAUUACGUAUGGUGGUGAACUGAUAGCUUCCUUGCGAUUGAAAGCCAAUAAUAGAGAAGAGAGGGAAAAAAUCAAAGCGGCAGUUGCGACUAAUCUACAACUUACAGGAACUUUCGACCUUAAUGCCAAUGGAAGCUUCGACAAAUUGAGAAGGGAUUUGGCAGGAAUGUACAAGGAAGAGAUUAAAGUAAUGGCGACUCAGAAACCUGCAAGUCCGCCUCAGACUGUGGAAGCUCUUAUGAAGCUGGUUGAGAACUACCCGAACGAAAUCCAGAAGAUUGGAAAUGGUAAAGGAAAGGCCCUCAAAGCAGAACUCUAUCCCAUUGCCUCUUUGAAAAAAGAUUUUCCAAAUUACUUACCCAAUAGUGCUCUCAGUUCACUUUUGGAUGAUGUGGAAACAAAAUAUGAUGAUAUACGAAUUGUAAGAGAAGAAUUUACUCCUUGGAAUGAGAAACGAAUCGAUGCAACGGAAGAAGAAGAUGAACUUGUAUAUGAAAUGUUUAAUGCUUUGAAAAAGGCUCAAAAGGAAUUUCAUGCAGCUAUCAAUGACCUCGACGUUUCUAUCAAUGGUAAAGUUGAACAAUUCAAAAAAGCAUUUGAAAGUUAUGGCAUGGGAAAAAAUAACAUACCGAAUCGUUUUCAACGAUGGUUCGGGAAACUGAAACACGAAAUAACUAAAGAGGGAAUCGUUUGGGAAAAGCCUGCUGGCAGUGGAGCCGUCUUCAUAAACUGGGGUUCAGAUUCCUGCCAAACGAAUUCUAAUAUUGAGCGGCUAUACGUUGGUUAUGCUGGAGGAACACCCAGCAAGCAAUGGGCUGGCGGCAGGAACUACGAAUGUCUACCAGAUACUAACCCAGAGCUUUCAAAACCUAUUAAACCCCAACCGAAAGCAGCUUUUAUUGAAGGAGUCAGUUACAGAAGCUUCUCUGAGCCGGAAAAAAGUCAACAGUUAAUCUGUGCUGCAUGUUUUGUUCCAAAAACAACUGCUGUGAAAACGUUCUACGCUCAUAGCAGCUGUCCAAAAGAUUGGAGAAAGGAAUAUUCUGGAUUUGCAAUGGCUGAUAGCAUUUCCAGUGUGGACACUGACUUGGUUUGUUUGAAUAAGGAUGCUUUGAAGACGGGAUUAUUCCUCGCCGAGAGUAAUCAAAUUGCUAAAUUGAAUCCCUUAUGGAUGACUUGCACAAAAUGCAACGGGGAGAAGGUGGUUCCCUGCGUUGUGUGUAGUACAGAAAAUAAAGCUGAAGUGUUCUGAAACGUUGCUAUUUAGCAAAAGAUUUAUUUUGAAAUUGAAACAUAAAUUGAAAUAAAAAUUA